AUGUCAAGCGAAAACCAUUUUACUGCAUGGGCCGGUGUUGCCAAAGGUGAACCCCUCAAGCAAAUUGAAUUGAAGUUGAAGGAAUGGGAUGAUGACAGUGUCGAGAUGGAGGUGACACAUUGUGGUAUCUGUGGUUCAGAUAUCCACACCCUUGACAGCGAUUGGUCUGCUACCAAGUAUCCCAUUUGUGUGGGCCAUGAAAUUGUCGGUAAGGUUACUCGUGUUGGUAAGAAUGUCACCAACUUGGUCGUUGGCGAUAGAGCUGGUGUUGGUGCUCAAUCUGGUUCUUGUGGCGAGUGUACUCACUGCAAGGAGGGCAUGGAAAAUGUCUGCUUUGGCGCAAGUGUUGGCACCUAUAACGGCACUUGGUCUUGCGGUACGCCCAGCAGUGGCGGUUAUUCCGACAAAUGGAGAGGUGAUUACCGUUUUGCUUUCAAGGUUCCUGAUAAUUUGCCCAGCCCAGUUGCUGCUUCAUUUUUUUGCGGCGGCGUUACAGUCUAUGCCCCCUUGAAGCGUGAAAAUGUUGGUCCCAACUCUGUCGUUGGUAUUCUUGGCAUUGGCGGAUUGGGUCAUUAUGGUGUCCUCUUUGCUAAGGCUAUGGGUGCUAAGGUUAUUGGUAUGUCUCACAGUGAUGCUAAAGCCGAGGUUGCCAAAGAGCUUGGUUGUGAUGAUUUCAUCGUCACCAGCAGCGAUGAAUCUAUGGCCAAAUACAAGAAACAAUUGACCCACAUCUUGUGUACUGGUACCAGUCGUGAUUUCUCUUGGAACCGUUUCUUUACCUUGCUCAAGGCCAAUGGUCAUUUCAUCAAUGUUAGUGCUCCUGGUUGGGAUUUCCCUCAAAUUGGUAUGGAGUUGAUCAGACACCAAGUCCACAUCACUGGUUCUAUGGUUGGUUCUCCCGCUGAGAUUGUUGAUAUGCUUGAUUUUGCUGCUGAACACAACAUUCGUCCCUGGAUCAAGACUUAUCCCAUGUCAAAGGUCAAUGAGGCUAUUCAAGAUUUCAGAGAUGGAAAGCCUAGAUUCAGAUUCGUCUUGGAAAACUAA